AUGAGGUAUACUGUUGACUUCAAGAACAAAGGUUUCAAGCCAAACACAAGAGGGUCUUUUAUCCAUAGCUCUUUUACUACCCUAAAAGAGCUACUUGUAAAGCUGCCAGAGUCUAUCAAUUUUAAUAUGGAGAUAAGACAUCCACGACUCCACGAAGCAGCUAAAGCUGGUGUAGCCCCAGUUGGCCUUGAAAUCAAUGAUUUCGUUGGUCGCAUACUGGAUCAAAUAUUUCAUGACGCCCGGGGGCGAAAAAUAAUACUAUCAUCUUUCACGCCCGAUAUUUGCAUUCUUCUGGCCAUCAAACAACAAAGUUACCCGGUCAUGUUCAUCACCAAUGCUGGAAAGCUCCCGAAUUUAGUCUAUAACGAAAGUGAUGAUAUUGCCCCCUUUCCUGCUGUGUUGAAUACAUACGACCAUAGGGUGUGGAGAACAGGGCUUCCCGUCCGCUCAGCCGUACUUAAGCCACACGCCGGCAGGUUAGUAGUAUGGUGGGUGACCACAUGCGAAUCCCUGCUGUUAGUUCGUCGUUGCGUUAUGUGA